UAUUAUUUAAGGCAUUUCCAAGAUGUCGGUAACAUAAGCAGCAUUUCAAGGUGGUCGAAAAUGGGAUUCAAAUGAAGAAGAGUCAGAGUCCGAGCAAUAUUAUAAUGCGUGGUCUGAUCAAUUCGAUUUGGAAAGCAAUGAAACAGAUUUUGAGACAUCUUUAGAGCACGCCGAAUUGGCGUUGCAGUAUUUUUUUAAUAACCAAUUCGACGAAGCACGAAAUAUUUUGCAACCAUUAGCCGACAUAAGCUUCUAUCAUUAUUUGGGAUGUGCAGUAUUUUCUUUUCUUGAGGCUGUGCUAUCCUUCGAAAAUGUAGACGCUGCGUCGGCGAGAAUAAAAAUGUGUAUAGAUCUUUGUAAACUAUUCCGAAAAAAGAAUACUAUAACGGAAUCCAUAGCCUGCACUUUCAAGAAGAAAAACGAUUCCCAGCUUACAGACCAGGAAUGCCAUGCUGAGCUUUGUUUAGCAGAGGCUCUAUUGAUGAACGCUCUCUUAACAUUUAUUAAGGAUGAUAAUCUUGGUGGUCUGAUUCGCGGUAGUCUCAAAGUACGGAAAUUCUAUGGUAGUUUCAGAGCAUGUGAGCAAAUAAUGAAGUCUCGUGUAUGGAUCUUGGAUGCGGACAAGGACUCCGCGACGUCUAAAACUCAUUUUGACAGUGUAUAUGUGUAUAUGGGGAUUGGAACGUUCAACCUUAUGAUAUCUAUAUUACCUGGACGUAUACUAAAAAUACUUCAAAUCAUUGGAUUUUCGGGCAGCAAGAGUACCGGCCUGGAAUACCUAAAGAAAGGAAACCGAGAAAAAGGAUUACGACAGGUUCUUUGCGGACUGUCAUUGCUUGGGUUUCAUCUUAUGGUAACUGCUAUGAUAUGCGAUCGGGACUCGGACUCCGAUAUACAGAUGUGCGAUGAAAUACUAACAGCUCAGCUUGCCAAAUAUCCAAAGGCGAACUCACUUAUCGCGGAAAGAAUUCUACAGACGAUUAAUAAGGAGUUAUCCCUGCUUAAAGACUCAAACAAAUCUUCAAAAUUAUACUACGCAGACAAUCGAGCCCUUUGUCUCUUGCUGCGUGGGGCUUACUAUAGGCAAAUGGGACCAACAAAUCUUGCUCUUCAAGACUUGCAAGAUUGCUUAGCACAAAGUGGAAUUAAGGAAGACUUCUUUUUAAUGCCAUAUGCUUAUGUUGAGUUCGCCCUAUGUAACAUACCUAUAAACAAAAAUCAAGCCAUUUACAUGCUACAGAAUACCAAAAAAAAGUUUUCGCAUUACUCGUUAGAGUCCCGGCUGCACCUGAGGAUACACAUGGCGUUAAUGAAUUUAAAUGAUAGUACCGAGGGGGAGUUUUAAAUUCAGGAUUUUUUGAACAUACAACGCAAAAUAUUGUGUUUGUAAUGUAAAAUGUAAAUGUAAUACGAUUCAGAAGGAAGUAAUUCAGAAGGAAGCGUUUCCGACCCCAUAAAGUAUAUAUAUUCUUGAUCAGCAUCAAUAACCGAGUCGUUAUAGUCUGUCUGUACGUCCGUCUUGUUUGACGCUUCGGUCUCAGAGACCAUAAGAGCUAGAGUCACCAAAUUUUGUGUGACUCAUGUGAUAUCACACUGAACCAAGUUUGUUUUAUACAAACA